AUGGGGAAAGAGGCUAAUGUGUUGAUGCAGUUGUUGUGGGGGACGCGAUUGAAGCAGAAGAACCGUGGAGCGCAGAAGCUCGGCCCCGGUAACUCCGUCAUUGGCACCUCCGAACGCAAAAGAAUUUCCCGCCCUGCGCUUCGUCCGGGGAACAUAACUCUCGGUGCUCUUCGCCACUUCGUUUCUGCCGAACCUGAACUCGGUCUGCUGUUUAUCCAUCGUUGA